GAUACUCAACUAGACUGCCCUGACGAAUGCUGAAUUUGGUAUCAAGGACGAAAGUGUUUGGUUCUGCGACAGAACAUUCAGCUGGGUGGUGGGAUAUCCGCGGACAUACUUAACUGAGGGUACUACGCGGGUCUUCCUAGACAUGCGAAUAACGGUGUCAGGAAAAGAAGUCAAACGUGUCUUCGAUAUCAUUGAAGCGGAACGGUGCGAUGUUGUAUACCUGCCGGGAUACUUGCUGAGGGACGUAUGCAGUCGUCCUGAUUUGUCAGAUAAAUUCAGAUAUGUUAAAAACAUUGUGCUGUCAGGCGAACGCAUUUCCCGUUCAGCGGUGACCGAGUUGCAUAAGAUCGCUCCUACAGCUUCACUCCACUGCUACUAUGGAACCACAGAGACGGGCGGCACUGCUUCGUAUACAAUGACGGAUCCCUCACAAUGGGAGGAUGGCAUUAUUGGUUCGCCGUUCCGUGGGGUUGAGAUGAAACUAGUGGAUGACAAUGGUUGUGUAGUACCAAAAGGUGAAUCUGGUGAAUUGCUAAUCCGCUGCGCAUGGCGGUUUAAAGGAUAUAAGACCAAAGGACUCGUAGUUGAUGACCUAAACUGGUUUCACACCGGCGACGCAGCCUUUCUUCGAGGCGACGAUCAGUUGGUUAUAAACGGCCGUAAACAGGAACUGAUCUCGAUUGGCACAUCGAAGUUCUUACCUUGGCCAAUUGAAGAAGUCCUCAGAAAAUGCCCUGGGGUCGAAAAUGCUUUUGCUGUCGGUGUGCCCGAUCCAAGACUUAAACAGGUUGUGUGCGCAUGCGUGGUUUCUAAGUCAGGCGUUCAACCCCUGCUUGCCUCGGGCAAAAUAGAUCGGCAGGAGAUUUCUCGGACGGCCAUCGGCAAACUCGGUCUUUGAACAGAUGCAUGCUGUUUUUAUAUUUAUGUCGCAUGUAUAUUUGUAAUGUCACUGUAACUGUGAUAUAUAUGUAGUGUGUAUCCGAUGAAAUGAAACUGUUUUGGUAUUGUAUUAUUAAUCAAUAUCACAUAUCGUUACGAUUAUAGUCCUACGGCCCAGCUCUGCCGUGUGUUAUUGUCUAAAAAUGUGAAUGCUGCUGUAACUGGGAACCGUAUUGUGAAUCUUAUGUAACUGUAAAUUAAUAUAUAUAACACGUUGUAUCAGGUAAGAAUGCAAGCUGGUAAUACCACAGAAAGAUACUAACUACGUUAAUUGGUUGUUACACUCUGAAGCUUUAACUUAUGUCUGAUUACAAGAUAAAAUCGUUUGUAAUGACAACAGUUCUUAAAUUUAGUUUUUAUAUAUUUUGUAAGCAGAUAAUUAAUAGGAAUUGUUAUAUACCUUUUUGGAGUCAAUAAUUCGUUGAUUUGCUAUUGGUUUUCAUGUGUGUGUUCUGCAAGUAUGAGCAAAUGAUGAAAAUGUUUUACAUAUAAGACAAUUUACUACAGAAAAGUAAAAGAGUUUACAAUUUAUAUACAUUGUGUUACAUAAAAGAAUAUUAAUUAAUUAAUUAUUUUCGGUUUCUAAUGAUUUGGGUUAUGUUGUUUUAAUACAUAGUUUAAGUGGUCCCAAAAGCACGGGAUAUAUUACAGUUAAGUCCGGUAAUCUUGCGCGUCCGGUAAUCUUGCGCAUUUCGCAUUUGCGAAUCUCGCAGGCGACAAAUGGUUUUCUUUAGUAAAGAAAGAUGGAAUUUCACAUUUUUAAUAAUUAACGGAUUUAAAAGGUACGUAUUCCAUGCAAAAUAAAAUUUGAUAAUUACAUUUAAACACCGGUUGCGUCAUCCCUAUACAUUGUGAAAACUGGCCCACUUACGAAAAAAUCGAAAUUAAUCACAAAUUCCCUGCAGUCUUUAGCGUUUUCAUACUUUAAAUUAAAAAUUCAUAGAUCCAACGUGUAAUUUAGCAUUCAAUUGCACAAUAUCCGAUCAGUUAUGGUAUUUUUGGCCAUGAAAAUAUAUCGCAUCAGACCGGCAUAGUCAAUUAUUUACCGCCAUUCUGUCAAACCAAUUUGGUAUGAUUUCCGCACGCGCAAUGGCCUAGUUUUGAUAUUUUCUGUAAACUUUGGAAGCAUGAUCGUGGUAAAAUCAAAUCCGUUAUGCAUAAACAUUUUUUUUUCACGCAUACCGGUACUUUUUUUAUUAAUUGUACACUAUAACUAGUGACUAUAUUAUUUGUUGAUUUGUAAAGAACAAAAACUGCACUAGAAAUCCACAUUUAAUUUCAAUGGUUUUACAAACUGAUUUUAAAAAUAUUUUUCUGGAAUGUUUUUUUGUCAAUAAUUGGACACCAUAUGUCUAAAAUUUUGCCUAAAUGCGGUCAUUACAGAAAGUGCGCAAGAUUACCGAACACUGAUAGUUUGAAAAAGAGGUGAGUCAUGUUUGUUUUGAAAUCAAAUCGGACAGUUCUUCACUGAAUUAAUCAGGUAUUUUUGUGCUAAUAAGCACAUGAAUUUAUUAUUUUCAUAAUAAAUUUAGACAUUAUGUUGUCAAUUUAUAAAAGAACAUGUUUUAAAACCAAUUGACCCUUAACUGCGCAAGAUUACCGGAUAGCAUCGUAUAGGUUAAUGCAAAACAAUAAACGCAAGGGCAUGUCAGAGGCUAUAGACCUCGUCUUAAACUAUUUCAGAGAAGCAAUC